AUGAAUGAACAUCAAUGGAGAAUGUUUGAAUAUAAUAUGAGUAGAUGGAUGAUUGAAAAUAAAUAUAUCUUAGAUCAAGAAGAAAAAAAAAAAUUUUAUAAAUGUGCAAAUUAUAGUUUAGGGACAGGUAUAGCUAAUGCAUCAUUAAUUUAUUUUUUAUGCAAAAAAUAUAAAAAUUAUUUUACACCAGUAUCAAGAUUUUUUUUAACUUUUUCAUUUGGUGUUUAUACUUCAAUGGUUGUAAAUAAAAUAUAUAGAAGAAAAGCAUAUACAGAAAUAUUAACUUCAAAAACAUCUAUGACUGAUAAAGCAAGAGAAGUUAUGAAUGACAUAUUAAAUACGAAUGAUAAAAACGUUAAAUUGUCAUAUAAAGGAAUUAAUCAAAAUGAAGAAAAUAAAACUAUAGAAAAUACAAACUCAUAUAAUUUAAUGGAUGAAAAUGAUUCACAAAUAAAUAACGAUUUUAAAUUAGAUGAUAAUAAUAAUACACUUUUAACUGAAGAUAUAAACGAUAAUAUUAGAAAUGAACAAAUUAAUGAAAUAGAGAGGCAAAAUUCCUACUUUUUAAAGGAUUUUAAUGAAGGUAAAUCAGUUAGCUGGGAUGAAAUACGAAGAAGAAAUGAAUAA